UGACCUUUCUCUUCCACUCAAAAGUCAAAACCCAACCUUUAUUUUGUUUCUGCCAAACACUUCUCUUCCUCUCUCCAAUGGCUUCCUCCUUAUCCUUCGUCUCAUCCUCUCACCUCACUCUCCGCACUCCUUCCCUCACCCUACGCAAACUCUCUCCCCCUAGAACCUCCGUUUCGUUCUCCGUCAAGGCCCAGUCCGUCGCACUCUCCCAAGACGAUCUCAAGAAACUCGCGGCGGAGAAAGCCGUGGAGGCGAUCAAACCGGGGAUGGUCCUCGGCCUCGGAACCGGAUCCACCGCCGCCUUCGCCGUCGACCAAAUCGGAAAACUCCUCUCCUCCGGCGAGCUCCACGACAUCGUCGGCAUCCCGACCUCAAAACGCACCGAGGAGCAGGCCAGAUCCCUAGGGAUCCCCCUCGUGGCCCUGGACACGCAUCCUCGGAUCGACCUGGCCAUCGACGGAGCGGACGAGGUGGAUCCGAAUCUGGACCUGGUCAAGGGGCGAGGAGGCGCGCUCCUGAGGGAGAAGAUGGUGGAGGCCGUGGCCGAGAGAUUUAUCGUCGUUGCGGAUGAUACGAAGCUAGUGAAGGGGCUGGGAGGGAGUGGUUUAGCGAUGCCUGUGGAGGUUGUUCAGUUCUGCUGGAAGUUUAAUUUGGUGAGGCUGAGGGAUUUGUUUAAGGAGUUUGGGUGCGAUGCGAAGCUGAGGGUUGGUGAGGGUGGGGAGGCGUAUGUGACGGAUAAUAGUAAUUAUAUUAUUGAUUUGUAUUUUAAGGAGCCGUUGAAGGAUGGGUUCGCUGCGGGGAGGGAGAUUGGGAAGUUGGAGGGGGUUGUGGAGCAUGGUUUGUUUUUGGGGAUGGCUACUUCGGUGAUUAUUGCUGGGAAGAAUGGUGUUGAGGUUAUGAACAAGUGAGGUUUUUUUAAAAGUUUGAUGUUUUUCUUCUUUGUCUCCUCUGUAAUAAUAUUACCAAUUGAGUUAUUGUAAUAUCUUCGUUCUGCUUCGUCUUCCUCUUUUAGUUGUGACUAUGGGAUAUGGUCAAAAAGGUUGCAUCUUUUGAAUCAA